AUGGUCAUCAACACAGAGCCCGCCGGUUACCAAACCAGCGCAACUCUCAGGCUCGACAAUCCCACAACCACCAAGUCUCUCCAAGCUAAGCCUGCAGGUCCCAACAAGCUCUUCGCCAACCCAGACGCUGUCUACGGCGACUGGCGCGAUGACCUAGUCCGGGAUGGUUACGCGGUCGUCAAGGGUGCUAUUCCCCGCGAUCGCGCUGACCAGUAUGGAGAGGAGAUUAUGUCUUAUCUCGAGACCUUCAACGGGGGCAUGGGUUUCAAGCGCGAUGACCCCAGCACAGUCAAGAACGAGACUCUUCCUGUCAUCACAGAAAAAGGCAUGAUCAUUGGCUAUGGCGUCGCCCACGAGCAAUUCACCUGGUCAAUCCGUCAAGAACCCGGCGUCGUAGAAGCCUUCGAACGCGUCUACGACACAAAGGACCUGAUCGUCUCCUUCGACGCAAUCAACACCUCCUUCCCAGGCCGCAAAGACGUCAAGGUCAACAAGCCCUGGCCCCAUCAGGACCAAGAUCCCGAGAAGCCCGGAUUCCGAUGUCUGCAAGGUCUCGUCAACAUCCUACCCAACGGAGAUAAGGAUGGCGGUUUGAUCGUUUGCAAGGGCGCGCAUCGUCUUAGUGAGGAGUUCCACGAGGACUUCAAGAACGAAGAGAACAGGAUCUGGGCUUGGACGAAAGAAUGGUACGGUUUUACAGAAGAGGGUAUGGAGUGGUUGAAGAACAAAGGCUGCGAAUGGAUCAAGAUCAAUGCCGAGCCUGGGGAUCUUCUUGUGUGGGAUAGUCGCACGCCUCAUUACAACGUCAGUCCUGAGGGCACGAUGCCAAGGUUCUGCACGUAUACUUGUUAUAUGCCUGCUGCGGAUGCGACACAGGAGGACUUAAUCAGGAAGAAGGGUGCUUUUGAUAACCUUCAGAGCACGACGCAUUGGCCUAAUGCUAUGCAUGUUGGAGGUAUUCCUGUCCUGCGCGAUGGAAAGCCUUGUCCUUAUAAUACCGGUAAGCCUAGGGCUGUGCCGAAGUUGACGGAGAGGGGGUUCCAGUUGACAGGUAUUCCUUAUAUCGCUGCAUGA